CUGAUUGGCUGGCGGGAGGCAUGAUGCCACCGGGCAGCUCUUUUUAAGAGAAAAGCCAGGACGGCAGCAGAGCAGGACUCUAGCAGAGCUCUCUGUGCUGAGCGGCGGGACGAGCUGAGCUGCGGAGCCGAAGCCAACAUGAGUGAGCGACAAGGAACUGGGGCAACCAAUGGAAAAGACAAGACAUCAGGAGAAAACGAUGGGCAGAAGAAAGUCCAGGAGGAGUUCGACAUUGACAUGGAUGCGCCAGAGACAGAGCGGGCGGCCGUGGCGAUCCAGUCUCAGUUCAGGAAGUUCCAGAAGAAGAAAGCGGGGUCUCAGUCCUAGUCGGGGAGACCUCUUCCUAGUCUGCCCGGAGACACUGAGUCCAACUGUCACCUGUUGAGAAAUUAAAACAACAACACCGUCCAGAGAAGUCAUCCACAUACCACGCACACGCGUCCCGCGAGCCCACGAUGCAUGUACAGAACCCACACUAUUUAUGCCCUCCGAGGCAGGGUAGGCCACGAAGUCGUGAGUAGCUCGACCUCUGUAUUUCUCUCCAUGCCCAAAACCCACCCGCAACCACGUCCCUUGAUGCUGUAAUAAAAGGGAAUUAAGAUGAGA